UCCUCCUUCUUCUCCUCCGUCUCGGUCUAUCGCAAGGGCGCAAACAUACACUGACUCUCUACUCUCACACUAGUCACUACAAGAAAGUAGUCUUUUAUCGACCUCCUCCCACCGCUACAUCUCCUCCUCCUGAAGCACUUGAUCCGAUCCUCUCAUCCUUCAUACCUUCUCCUGAUAAUCCUUUCAGGUAGUUUAUGACUUGAUAUUGAAUUAUUGAUACAGACAAGCAGACAAGCAGAAGCAGUUCUGUAGUUGGCCGGAGACCUCCAAAGUUUUCUUGCUGAAAAGCCAUAUGGUAUACGGACGCCUACCAAAUUAGCAAGUUCAGUAGCGCAGAACUUGGUGUCUCUCACCUUUCGGUAAUCGCUCAGUUAUCGCUAAUAUGAUUUCUCUUCGUAGAUAUUGCUGCAGAAAUAGUUGCAUGCUCAAAAACCUCAAUAACAAGCUCUUUUGUGAACACCCUUUUCAUCAAGACUUGUCCAACCUGAAGAGCAUGGAUGCUCAUUCAUAUAGUUUGAAUCCCAUUAAUAGUACUCUGAGGCCAAUACACUAUUUGACUGAACCCCACUUUGACAUAGUACCCAAAGUUGCUUCCAAUGGAUUUCUUGGUAUAUACAAGCGAUUUUCAUUGCAUAAGUUUUACUCAUCCCCAUCCCGAUCUUUUAGAAGGAGAGAAAAUAAAAGAUUAGAAUCCAGUAGAAAACCAACCCUUAAUGAAGCCCAAUUUCAAAGGUCUGUAUCCCAGUUGUUGCCUAGAUUUACACCUGAAGAACUAUGCGAUGUUAUAACUAAGCAAGAUGAUCCUCUUGUGUGUUUAGAGUUGUUCAAUUGGGCAUCGCAACAGUCGCGGUUCAAACAUGAUGUUAACAGCUAUCACAUUACAAUAAAGAAACUUGGUGUAGCUAAGAUGUACGAAGAGAUGGAUGACAUUGUCAACCAAGUGCUUGCUAUCUCUCACAUGGGUUCUGAGGCGCUUUUCAAUUCCAUUAUCUACUUUUUCACAGAAGCUCGGAAGUUGACUAGAGCUGUCAAUAUAUUUAAACACAUGAAGAAUAGUAGAAACAUGGACUGUAGGCCUUCAGUUAGGACAUACAAUAUUCUGUUUACUGCCUUUUUGAGUAGGGGAUGUAAUACCUACAUAAAUCACAUGUAUAUGGAAACCAUAAGAUGUCUGUUUAGGCAAAUGGUGAAUGAUGGGAUUGAACCCGAUAUUUAUACUUUGAAUUCAAUGAUUAAGGGGUAUGUUCUUUCCCUUCAUGUGAAUGAUGCACUUAGAGUAUUCCAUCAGAUGGGUGUGGUCUAUAACUGCCUGCCAAACACAUUUUCCUAUGAUUAUCUCAUCCAUGGAUUAUGUGCUCAAGGCCGAACAAACAAUGCUAAGCAGUUGUGCAAUGAAAUGAAGACUAAAGGGUUUAUCCCGAGUAGUAAAUCCUACAACUCGCUUGUGAAUGCUUUGGCUCUUAGUGGAGAGAUUGAGGAGGCAGUGAAGUAUUUGUGGGAGAUGAUUGAGAAGCGAAGGUCAACUGAAUUCAUUACUUAUAAGACAGUACUUGAUGAAAUGUGCAGACAAGGACAGGUUGGACAGGCAAUGAAGUUGCUAAAAGAAUUUCAAGAGAAAGACAUUCUGAGUGGGCAUGCUUACAGGAAGCUCCGAUAUGUGCUUGAAGAUGACUAUGGAGAUUCUGUUUCCCAUACUCGAUUGAGAUAAACAGAGUCUAAAGAUUACUCACAUUUUUAUAGCUGAAGUUAGCCAAUGCAUCAUUAGAUAUAGUUUGAUGAUCACAGAAAGGGUUGCCAUUUGGUUGAAAAUCAUUCUUAGGCAAUAAUAAAGCUUAGCCCACCAAAACACAAUGCUGUUAACAAAUCAGCACAGCUCUUGCUGCCAAGCAUGUAUUCAGCUGCCCCUCUUCCACCGGCACAUGCUCAUGUGGCAUCAUCAUCCUCGUCCAAGACAAAUCCAGUUGUUUUAGGAGCACCACCAUUCCUCUGUUCGACUCCAUGGACUCACCGUCACCGAGAAGGCGAAAAAUGAUGCAAUGAAUAAGGUGGCAUGUGUGGCUGAGCUUCUGGUCGAAGCAGUGAAUGGUGGGGUGAAGGAGUUGUUUAUAAACGAGAAGCGAAUUGAGCUUGAAAUCCAAGCAUUGGCUGCCACCAUUUCGCGCUUCAUCAAGCAGACUGAUAAGUGGUUAUCAGUCGCCCACAUCUCACAGGAAUGAUCAGUGGUGGUCAUCUUAUGGACACCGUACAGUUGUUAAACUACUUUUGAAUUGACAUUAAGACACAUUUACUCGGGCAAUUAAUGACAUCCGGAAGGAGUAUGAAUUGACUGGAAUAUCUUAGAGUAGACAUGGAAAAGCAAAAGGCAGAAAAACUUGUUUGAGAAAGGGAGGUAGAAUGUGAGAAAAGCUUGAAGAAUGCGAAGAAGAAUCUAGGCAGCACUUAAUGCGUGUUCAGGAGGAACAUACUGCGCUGGUAUUUGUGGGAAAGUGGUGCAUGCUAUUAAACAUAAAACUGCAGGAACAUGAUAAAAUGGAACAAAGUCUAAAAGCGAAACACAUGAAGAGCUGAGGCAUAUCCAACUUCAAGCUGAAAACAAGUUGAGAGAUAGUUGGAAGAGGCAAUCAGGGAGAUUGAGCAACUGAAGAAAGAGAGAAAGAGAGAGUUUGCGUGCAGAACUGAGGGUUUUUUGGGAAUUUGCAGACUCAAUUGACACAAGCACAUGAAGACGUUCAGCAUUGAGAACCAGUGUUGGGACUGUGGGGACUCAAUCGACACAAUUACAAGAAAUCAUUCAGGAACACCGAAGUUGGGAAUUUGCAGACACAUUCUUGAAUGCUUUCUUGUACUUGUUCCCAACACUGGUUCUCAAUAUCUGAACGUCUUCUUGUGCUUGUGUCAGCUGAGUCUGCAAAUUCCCAAAAUGCCUCAGUUCUGCAUGCAAACUAUCUCUCCUUCAGUUGGUCAAUCUUCCUUACUGCCUCUUCAUGCAGCUUUAAGCUCAAACUAAAUUGUGUCUAAUAUGCCUAAGUUACUAGACUGAGAGCUUUGAGGCUUCAGCAUGAAGAUGAGAUUAAGACGCUUCAGGAGGACUUGUCUUCCAAAGAGGAGAAGCAGAGGGCAUUAAUGCAAUUGCACAGGGUCUUCAUCAAGAGGGUUUACCUGCGGAGUCUUAGUUGUGCUUUUGGUUGGGUUUGUUGGUUCUUAGCUUGUUGAGUCUUUUACUGGUGGUGUUCGAGAUUUGCCUUGCAGUUGAUUAAACAGCAAAAGAGUUUAUGUACAAAACUGAGAAGGAUUCUUUACCAUGUACUUUUACCUGCUUUAUUUCUUUUUACAGAUGUCUUGGUCUAGUCUAUUGAAGUUUCAACUAUAAAUCAUCAAGAAAUAAAAAUGGAGCUGAAGAGAUCAGAUUUGGGAA